AAAGAUGUACUUGCUGUUUGUGCUCCUAACUUUGCUGUCUUCUUUUGACAGUGUCGAUCCUAGCUGUCCUGGAAGAUGCAGCUGCGAUUCAGGACACUCAGUGCAAUGCUACAGAUUAAUGGAGCUGCCAACGGGAAUUCCUGUCACCACCAAAAGGCUUUACAUCAGCCACAGUAAAAUUCAACACCUCCAGCUAUCUAACUUCAUACAGAUGUUGGCUCUAGAAGAUUUUAUUCUGCUGGCCAGUGGAACUGAGUCUGUAGAAAAUGGCACUUUUAAAACUCUGAGUACCUUGAAAACCUUGGAACUUUGGAAAAAUAAGUUAAGAUGUGUUCCCAGUGCUCUCCCAGCCACUCUGGAAGUGUUAAAACUAAAUGACAAUUCCAUACGUGUCCUACAGGAGUCUGAUUUUGAAGGACUGAAGAAAUUAAAAACCCUUGAACUUAAAAACAACCUGAUCUCCUCUCUCUCUCCCAGCACGCUCUCCGCCCUUGUUAGUUUGCAGAAUUUGGUGUUGGAUGGCAACAAUAUCCAGUCUAUGCGGGCACCACUCCCACUUCCCCAUCUGAAACACAUGAGUGUGGAGAAUAAUAAACUGCACGUUAUACUGUCCAGCUUCUUUACUUCUCUUGAGUCUUUGCAAUUUCUCAGUUUUAGUGGUAACUUUCUGACUAAAAUCCCUACUAAUCUACCGAAGUCCUUGCUGUCUUUAAAGAUGGAGAGAAAUCAGCUCAAAGUGGUAAGAUUUCGAGAUAUGAAACACUUGGAGAACCUUUCCCAACUGUUCCUGUCAGAAAAUUCACUCUCUUCCAUUGAUGGGGCACAGCUCCUUACCAAUUUAACCACUCUGGAGUUAUCUCAAAACCAGCUUCAAAUGUUACCUUUCAAACUACCAACCAGGCUACAAAAACUUGAUAUCAGCAACAAUCUGAUUCAGAGAGUUACAGUGCAAGAUUUUCAGGACCUUCGGGACUUGAAGCACUUGUUUCUGGACAACAAUCUUGUCAGCUUGUUUGAAGCAGGAGCCCUGCAGAGGUGUUCUCAGUUCUCCAACCUGGCCCUGGAGCAGAACCUGCUAUUGUCUAUACCUCUAAGGCUCCCCAAGACCUUAGCCAGACUAGACCUGAAAGGCAAUGCCAUCCAGGACAUUGCUGAGAGGGAGCUCAGAGAUCUAAAGCAGCUUCAAGUUCUAAACCUUAGGAACAACAAGAUUUCUGCCUUAGACCUCAAAGCCUUGGAGGGGCUGCCUCGCCUGAGGCACCUCUACCUGGAUGGAAACCCAUGGAAUUGCACCUGUAGUCUCGUAAGAGCAAGGGAGGUCCUGAAGGCCAAGGGCACAGAUGUGAGAGGAGGGCAAUGUGCAGCGCCAGCUGACCGGCAAGGGGAAAGCUGGAUGUCAUCCAAGAAGAUCAUGAGACAAUGUGAACACAUCUUACACCUGGCAGAAAAAAACAAAGAAACUCGAAAGAAACCAAAUCCUGAAGAUCAUCCCAAUGUCAGAAUCAAUAUAGAUGAUGAUUAUUAUGAUUAUGAAAUAGAUUAAGUAUGAGCUCUAAUUACAGUUUGGAAAGUUGAAAAAAAAAUUUUUUUUUGUAAAUAGAUGUAAUGUUUAGGAUAGUUUGAGGUUCACUGCAAAA